AUGUCUUCUACCGAGACCAAGGUUACUCCACCCGAUAGCAAGAAUUGGCUUCCCCAUGGGGGCAGCCAUGACUUGGUUACCUUUGAGCCACGCAACUACGGUGACUGGCGUGAUGAGUUUCACAAGAAUGGUUGCGUGGUUAUCAAGAACGUGAUCAGCCCUGAGCGGGCCCAAUACUAUCGCGAGAAGCAGAUCCAGUGGCUGAAGAAUUUUGAACUUGGCUUUGAUGAGAAUGAUGAAAGUACUUGGACCGAGGCGCAUUUGCCUGUCAGUUUCAAGGGAGGCAUGUACUUUGCGUAUGGCUCUCCCCAUGAGAAGAUGGCCUGGGAGGCACGCACUGAGCCCGCAGUUAUCAACAUUUUUGAGACACUUUGGGAAACAAAGGAGUUGAUCAGCUCAUUUGACGGAAUGAACAUCUCUAUGCCGCGACGCAAGGAUCUUCGUUGGAGUCCGUGGCCGCACUGUGACCAGAAUCAGAGGCGUAAAGGAAUGCAAGCUGUCCAGGGCCUACUCAACUACGCCCCCAACGGCCCUAAAGACGGAGGCCUUAUGUUGAUGAAAGGCUCCUCUAAGCUUUUCGAUGAAUUCUUCGCCCAAAAGCGCGAGUCAUACAACCACGAGGACGCACCACCCCCGGAGAUGGAAUUUAUGGACCUUUUCUUGUUCAAUGACAAGGAUGUCGAGUGGUUCAAGGAACGUGGCUGUGAGCUAAUCAAGGUGAAUAUGGAACCUGGCGAUUUCGUCCUAUGGGACUCUCGCACCAUGCACUACGCCUGUCUACCCGAGGGCGAUCAAAUUCGCCACGUCCAGUAUAUCUGCAUGACACCUAAGCGCUUUGCGUCGCCUGAGGCGUUGGAGCUAAAGAAGCAAUGCUUUGAGAACUACAUUGGAACUACCCACUGGCCCCACUGCAAUAUUCGGCCGACCAAGGAGAAGCCUAUGCGUGGUGAUGUUGUUUGCCCAAAGGAUCGCAGUGAGCCAUUCGAGAAGCCCGAGUUGACGGAUACGGUCUUGAAAUUGGCUGGUGUGAAGGCGUACUGA